AUGCAAAAUGAACCACCAAUAUUGCUGCCACGAAAACGAAAACUAUCGCCAAAAAAUAUAUUUUCUGUGGAAUGUUUCCUUGUUACAAUGUUGUUUGUGAUCGCUGUUCAGGGUACUUAUCUUGCAUACGUAGUUGGCAUACUAACAAAUCUGGAACGACGAUUUGGCAUAUCGAGCAAAAAAUCCGGUGCUUUAUUAUCGUUUUAUGAUAUUGGCCAUACUGUCUCUGUGGUAUUGAUUGGCUUUCUGGCCAAUGAUAAACAUUUACCACGAAUUACAGCUGUAGGAGUAAUAGUUAGUGCUGCAUCGAUGUUCGUAUUAGCCUUACCAAUGGUAUUAUUUGGAACACAAUCAUUCGAUGAAUCAUCAAUGUCACAACAUGAACAUGAAUACAUUCUCAAAAAUAUUUGCGAUCCAUCACGAAUUACUAAUGAUUCAGAGCAAAAUUGUAAAAUUCAAGAGAAUGAACAUUUUUUGGCAUUUUGCAUUCUGGUCAUUGGUCAAAUCCUAGCUGGUAUUGCUGCUGCACCAUUCAAUACAGUGGCUUAUGUUUAUGUGGACAAUAAUCUGGCAGAUAAAACAAAAUCACCGUUUUACUUGAGUUUGUUAUCUAGUAUGUAUGCAUUUGCGCCAGCUUUUGGAUUUGCAUUAAGUGCAGGUGUCGCACAGUUAUCUACAACUAUUUUUGAUGUAUCUUCAAGCGUGACAAUUAAUGGUGAUGAGUGGAUUGGAGCCUGGUGGCUUGGUUUCAUUAUCUUCGGCUUACUUUACUUAGUCGGUGCUAUUCCAUUAUUUUUCUUUCCCAAAAAGCUGUUGCAAUAUGAUUCAAAUUCGUUUGAAAUGCAACAACUGAGGAAUGAAUGUUCACAUAAUCACAAUGAUCAUGAAAUCGCUGUUCCUGAAAACGACGUACAAUCACAUGAAACAUUUUGUGAACAGCUAAAAGCGGCUUUUGCAGAAUUUCCGGGAUUAAUAAAGAAUCCGGUAUUUACUUCAAUGAUAAUUGGAUGGAUGUUUGGUUCAUAUCUUACCAGUGGUUAUAGCACUUAUCUACCAAAAUAUAUCGAAACACAAUUUGGUCGUAGCGCAUCACUUGCUGAUACUUAUGCCGGUAUAGUAUCACUUGGUAGUAUAGCAGUUAGCACAGCGCUGGGUGGUUAUUUGCUGGCAAAAUUUAAUCCAUCACCUCGAAAAGCGUUACUUUUUUUGAUUGCCUCCUGGUCGAUCAUUGUAAUCACAUAUUUGAUCGGUGCAAUAGUUGGUUGUGAUGAGCCACGAGUGAAACAACUCCUUAUUGACACUAUCGCCAUCAAUGAAGAAAAAUUCGAUGAUAACUUAAAAUGUAGUUUUGACUGCCAAUGCAAUCAAGUUAAUCUCUUUAAUCCAGUAAAUUAUCACAAAAUGAAUUAUUUCUCACCGUGCCAUGCUGGUUGUCGAAAAUAUAAUCCUCACUUGCAAAAAUGGGAUUUAUGUUUAUGUGCUGAUAAUGGCUCGGUUGAAAGUGGUUUAUAUAUGGACGAAUGUAAUACAAUAUUCAUUUAUGUUGCAAUGAUGUUUACGGGCCUAUUUUUUGGCAAUUUAUUUUUCAUGACAACAAUGAUGGUUGUACUAAGAUCUGUAUAUGAUGACCAAAAAGUUCUGGCACUUAGCUUUGCAUCCUGCAUUACAAACAUUAUGGGCUUUAUUCCGGCUCCAAUAAUUUUUGGUUGGAUUAUUGAUGAAGAUUGUCUGUUAUGGCAUAGUAGAUGCCCUCAUGAUCAUGCUAACUGUGUUAUCUAUGAUAAUAAAGCAUUUCGACAAAGUUUGCAUUUGACAAGUGCUGGCUUUCAGACUUUUGCUGUCAUUUCAGUUAUAAUUUGCUAUUUGUUUAGUCGUAAAUUUACAUUCCCAGAAGAAGAAAAGGAAGAAGAGGUAUACGGUGAUUAUAAUGAAAAACAGGUUGAUAGUUUCACCUUACAAUCACAUGCUAUACAAAGUGUUCUUCUAUAA